AUGGGCUCCCGACUACACAAUGCUCCGAUCGUGAUAGACAACGGCAGUGGAACCAUCAGAGCUGGAUUUGCAGGCGAGGAUGUGCCAAAAUGCUUCUUUCCGUCAUAUGUAGGACGGCCGAAGCAUGUGCGGACAAUGGCAGGCGCAUUGGAGGGCGACGUAUUCAUAGGACCACAAGCACAACAAUAUAGGGGGCUCUUCAAGAUCAACUACCCAUUGGAGCACGGCAUUGUCACAGACUGGGAUGAUAUGGAGCGGAUAUGGCAGUAUGUCUAUACAGAAGGCCUGAGGACCGUCAGCGAAGAUCAUCCUGUACUCCUCACAGAGCCUCCGCUAAACCCCCGAGAAAACCGCGAUACGGCUGCCCAGAUUCUAUUCGAGACGUUUAAUGUGCCCGCCUUAUACACAUCGGUCCAAGCCGUCCUUUCGUUAUACGCAUCCGGCAAGACAACUGGUCUAGUUCUAGAUUCGGGAGACGGUGUUUCGCAUGCAGUGCCAGUCUUCCAGGGUUUUGCGAUCCCCAACAGCAUCAGGAGGAUAGACGUGGCAGGCCGAGACGUUACAGAGCACUUCCAGCAGCUACUAAGGAAAAGCGGCCGCGUUUUCCACACCAGCGCUGAGAAGGAGACGGUCAAGAACAUCAAAGAGGCAACAGGAUACGUGGCACUCGAUCCGGCCAAGGAGGAGAAGGACUGGUCAGGCUCGUCCAGAUCAGAGGGCAAAAGCGUCGACUACGCAUUACCUGACGGCCAGAAGAUCAAGAUCGGAGCGGAACGCUUCCGAGCACCAGAGAUACUCUUCAACCCGGAGAUCAUUGGUCUGGAGUACCCUGGCGUGCACCAGAUUGUCGUCGAGGCGAUACACAGAACCGACAUGGACCUCCGAAAGGCGCUUUAUGGCAACAUUGUACUCUCCGGAGGUUCCACACUGACAAAGGGAUUCGGAAACAGGCUGCUUCAUGAGGUGCAAAGACUGGCGGUGAAGGACAUGAGGAUCAAGAUCUUAGCACCACCAGAGCGCAUCUACACCACGUGGACCGGUGGUAGCAUUCUUGCGGGCCUCAGCACCUUCAAGAAGAUGUGGGUAGAGAAAGACGAAUGGCAGGAAAACCCAGACAUCAUCCACACCAAAUUCGCAUAA